AUGACCCCAAAAUCGGGUAUAGAUGCAAAAGCCCCUGUUAAAAGCUGUACAUAUCCGCUUAGGCGAUUGUACCUCAAUGGGCCGGCCCAUCGAUUGACCUCGGUACAAGCCGAAUCCAGAAAAGAUCGAAGGAAUGAAAUCAGGAGGGACCUCGCAGCUCCGCGACCCAACAGGGAACGACAUCUACCAUAUGUCAGAAGUGCCAUUGCGUCCUCCUCCCGCCACGAAGAGGGCUCACCCAGAUCAAGAACAGGAACUCACCAGAACGAAAGAGAAAUAGUCUACGCCUUGGAGAAGCUCGGACCAAAGGUGAAGUGGAUACAAAAGAUAAGGUCAGAUCCGAGUAACAGAAAGUCGGAUGCCCUUUGCGAGUUCCACCAAGAACGAGGACAUAAAACCGAGGAGUGCAUCGCCUUAAGACAGGAGGUCGUGAACAUGCUUCGACAGGGACACCUCAAAGAAUUGCUGAGCGACCAGGGAAGGACCAACUUUGCCAGAGGAUGCGAACAACAUCAGGGAUCGCCGAAACCACCCUCGCCAACACGCACCAUCCACAUGAUUAUCGGCGGGGGCAACGAUAAUUCUAUCAAUAGCGUGAAGUCCACCACAACCCACAAGCUCAAACGGUCGAUCACCUACGAACGGUAUGACGAACUCGAAGAAAGUAUCACCUUCGAUAAGUCAGAUACCGAUGGUUUGGUCUUCCCUCACCAUGAUGCCCUUGAUACCGAUGUGAGACACAUUAUGAUAGACGAUGGGAGCGGCGCGUGCAUUAUCCACCCUCGAGUACUUGCACAAAUGAAAUUAGAAGAUAAGAUAGUGCCGCAUUGCAUCACACUAACAGGUUUUAACAAUGUAGUUGAGCGAACAUCUAGAGAAAUCACACUCCCCGUCCUGGCAAGCGGUGUCACUCUAGAAACCACAUUCCAUAUCAUGUACCAAGACACAACGUACUAUGACGCCCCAAACUUGGGGAGGCGUGGCUAG